UAAGCCCGAAGGCACCAGCCAAGAAUGGCACGCCUCGCCGCCGUGGCCGUGGCCUUCGCAGCCAUUGCCGCGGUGGCCGGCGCGAACGAGUCCUACUACGCGGCCGUGGAGAACCGGCUCCCCGCGGCGGCCGGGAUGGAGCUCGUCUGCCGUGCCCUGGGCGGCAUGUUCCUCACGGACCUCAGCGUGGUGCCGCGCGGCCGCGUGCCCCGCGGCGACGCCGGGAGGCGCGUCGCCGAGCUGCUGGUGGAGGGCGGCCGGGAUGGGCGGGUGCGGUGCAGCUGGGCGUACGCGGGGAACUACGUCGCCGGGCUCACGCUGCUCGACUCGCGGUGGCCCGAGGCCGGGCGCUGCCAGGACCCGGCGGGCAGCGGCCUGUGCCGCGUCGUGUUCCAGGACGACGCGGUGCGGCUCGAGACGCCCGGCGGCGGCCAGCGGGUGAUCGGCGACCUGCCCGUGAAGCGGUGCCGGCGGCAUUGGCUGCUGGUCAGCACGGAAUGCACGUACCCCCACCACCCCCAUCCCUAUGCCGGCCGACGCCUCGGCAACGCCUUCCAAUACUUCGCAAUCUGAUUGGUUGUUAUUAUACUAGCUGGUGCCUAUCAAUUUGGAGAGUCAAAUUUUGUAAAUUGUG